AUGGAGCUUUCCGAGCCUGUCGGCGGGCGUGGUCUGGAUGAAGGAGUUGGUAGCGGAGUUCUUCAGUUCUUCGGGACCCUAGUGGAGCAGGACGCACAGGGCGUGGCGGAAGAUCCGGACAAAGCUUUGGAUGGCUCCCGGACCUCUGCGUACUGCUACCUCCCCAAUACUUCUUUCCUCUCCUAUGCAGAAGCUGCCCAUACCAGUGCAAUCCCACAGUACCACUUACCUACCUGCCUUGUUCCCAGAACCUUUGGGACUAAAAAAAAAAAAAAGAAUGUAGCCUUGAUUGGGCUUACAGAAGAGACUGGCAGUGCCCUAGUCCCCAAGGAGAUACCCUCAAAAGGAGGUGUCUGGAGAGUGAUCUUUAAGCCUCCUGAUGCUGAUAGUGACUUUUUGUGCAGAUUAAAUGAGUUUUUGAAGGGAGAGGGCACGACGAUGGGUGAAUUAACCAGAGUUCUUAGGAGUCGGAAUGACCCUCUCGGCCUAGACCAGGGCAUAAUGAUCCCUGAAGUUCGAGCACCCAUGUUAGCACAGGCAUUAGAUGAGGCCCUUAAGUCCACCCUGCAGUAUCUGAGGUACAAGAAGUUGAGUGUGUUCUCAGGCAGGGAUCCUCCAGAACCAGGUGAAGAAGAAUUUGAAUCUUGGAUGUUUCAUACUUCCCAAGUAAUGAAAACAUGGCAGGUGUCAGAUGUAGAGAAAAGAAGGCGGUUGAUUGAGAGCCUUAGAGGUCCAGCAUUUGAAAUUGUUCGAGUCCUCAAGAUAAACAACCCCUUCAUUAUAGAUGCAGAAUAUCUGAAGACGCUUGAGACAAUAUUUGGGAUUAUUGAUAAUCCUAGAGCAUUGCAGGUCAAAUACCUUACUACCUACCAAAAGAACGAUGAAAAGCUAUCUGCCUAUGUUCUAAGGUUGGAGCCUUUAUUACAGAAACUGGCUCAGAAAGGAGCAAUUGAGAAAGAAGUUGUGAAUCAGGCUCCUCUAGAGCAAGUCAUUGCUGGGGCAGUCCACAAGUCAGUUCAAAGAGAGCUUGGACUGCCCGAGGGUAGCCCAGCCCCAGGCUUACUGCAGUUGCUGACACUGAUAAAAGAUAAGGAGGCCGCUGAAGAAGAGGUCCUCCUUCAGGCUGAAUUAGAAGGCUAUUUCACUUGACCCAAGACCCAAGGCUGUCAUGAGCAGAACAAGAUGGAAGAGCUCAUUGCAGUGAUCAGCCCAUCCACUCUUUAUGCUGCCAGA